UAUGACCGCGAAGGAGCAAAACUGUAGAAAAUAACUAUAGUAUUAAAUAUACCCGAUAUGCAGCUGUAAACGUUUAUGCCCUGCUGUGCAACAUCGAGAAGCCUGCUAUGCUCGAUAUUUAGAUGGCAGCCAGUCCAGAAACAAAUAAGUCUCUGAGAGAAGCCCUGUAUGAUACACUUAUGGGGAUACUUUCACCACACCAAGAAGUAAGAACUGCUGCAGAAGACAGGAUACAAGCCCUAGAAGUAACAGAAGAGUUUGGUGUUCACCUCACUGAAUUUAUUGUGGAAAAGAACCUUAAUAUAGCUAUAAGGCAGCUUUCCUCGGUAUUGCUCAAACAAUAUGUUGAAGAACAUUGGUGUCAUUUAUCAGAAAAAUUUCGUUGUCCAGAAACUCCAGAGAAAGCAAAAGCUGUUAUUAGACAUGCACUUCCUGAAGGCCUUAAGGAGCCUUGCAGCAAGGUUCAUGGUGCUGUUGCAUAUGCUGUAGCUGCCAUAGCACAGUGGGACUGGCCAGAGAAGUGGCCGGAACUUUUUGAGUUGCUCAUAAGUUAUUUAUCAGGAGAUGAUUGGGCAGUACAUGGUGCUAUGAAAGUGCUAAAUGAAUUUGCAAAUGACCUGUCAGAUAGCCAAUUACCCCAAAUUGCUCCUAUAAUGUUGUCUGAAAUGUACCGCAUUUUUUCAGAUGAACAGAGGUACAACACUAGAACCAGGUCAAGAGCAGUUCGCAUAUUUUCAAACUGCACAUACAUGAUAUGUGCCACAUCAGAAUAUCAUAAAGGAUUGUCAAAAUCACUUUUACAGCCUGUACUACCACUCUAUAUCAACAAAUUCACAGAAACCCUCCAGACUGACUACGGGCCUUUUGUAGAUCCCGGACUGAAAGCAGAUGUAAUUAAAGCAAUUACCUUCCUUGUGCAGCAUCUGCCUAAGCAGAUGGCUCCUUGUAUGCCACAGAUUCUUCCUCCCAUAUGGCAGACACUCAUUCAGGCUGCUGAUGUGUAUAAAAGCGAUUACGUCACCUGUUCGGAUUUCAAGGAAGAACCAGUUGACUCUGAUGGAGAAUGCAUAGGAUUUGAUGCAGUUAUAUUUUCCACAUUUGAGCUAAUUGAUAUGCUCACUGAUAUUUCGAUGUUCACUGACACUGUAAAGGCAGCUCUAGCAGAUUUAAUUUACUAUUUAAUACUCUUUACACAAAUAACUGAUGAGCAGGCAAAGAGAUGGACUGAAAAGCCAGAGCGAUAUAUCGAUGAAGAGGAUGAGCACACUUACACAUUCUCUGUGCGGAUAUUAGCUAAGGAUCUGCUACGGUCAAUAUUUGAAGAAUUUGAAGCCAAAAGUAUUGGAGCACUGAGUCAUGCUAUGACCAAACAUUUACAAGCAUUGGAGACUGAAAGAAAUACGGACAGUUCCAGCUGGUGGAAAAGCCAUGAGGCUUGCAUGUGUGCAUUGGAAGUAGCUCAUGAAACGGUCAUGGAGCAACUGGAACAUGGUGAAGAGUUGCAUUUUGACUUCAGUGGGUUCUUACAAAAUGUUGUUGUUGCUGAUAUGAAUCAAACUGGUUCUCCGUACCUGCUGGGGCGGUGCCUGUGUGUUGGAAGUUCGUAUGCCAAAUUGAUGUCACCAACUCUGCUUGAGCAGUUCUUACAAGCUACUGUCAGUGGUUUACAGGCUAACCAGGCACAUCAAAUAAGAAUAUCUGCUGUCAGGGCAGUAUACGGGUUCUGCACACAUCUGAAGAAUUCUCAGAAUAUUAAUUGUCUUAAAGCAGUCUUGCCUGCAGUUAUGGAUGGGCUUUUGGUAAUGGUGAACCAGUAUACAACUGAAUUCCUGUGUUUGGUAUUGGAAACAAUUUCAACAGUUCUCUCAAUUGAUCCAGUGUUUACUGUGUCAUGUUGUGGAAAAAUUAUUUCACUGGCUAUAGCAGUUUUCCUGAAAUACAAUUCUGAUCAUUCAAUAGUUAAUGUGGCUUUAGAUAUAUUCAGGGAACUUUCAAUGAGUCCAGAUAGCUUGGUGAAAUUGGAACAAAGAUUUGUGCCUACAUUAGUCAGCAUUUUGAAUGCACCACAGGAGAAGAUAGUUGCAGGACUUGCAGCAAAUGCUUUGGAUGCAUUGCAGACUAUUGUAAGGAACUCAAAGCCACCAUUAAGCGAUGCAUUAAUAAACACAGCUUUUCCUGCUGCUGCACAGUGCAUCUUAAAAACCAGUGAUCAUUCAAUAAUGCAGAAUGGAGGAGAAUGUUUGAGGGCAUAUGUAUCUGUCUCUCCUGAUCAAGUCUUCAAUUACCAAGAUGCAGAUGGGCAAACUGGAUUGGGUUACCUUCUACAGACAGCAGCUGUUUUGUUGAAUCCCGCUUCUACAGAGUUCACAGCAACAUCUGUUGGAAAGUUUGUUGUGACUCUAAUAUCAAAGGCAGGAAAUAUUCUGGGUGAAAACCUAGAUUUGAUUUUGAAGGCUGUCCUAAGUAAAAUGCAGAGAGCAGAAUCAAUAACAGUUAUACAGAGCCUUAUUAUGGUAUAUGCACAACUCAUCCAUCAUCAGUUGGAACCAGUGUUAAAUUUUUUAUCAUCUGUUCCUGGCCCAACUGGACAAUCUGCAUUACAUUAUGUGCUGGAAGAAUGGAGUUACCGCCACAGUUACUUCUGUGGGGACUAUGAGGUGAAAGUGAGUGCACUAGCCCUUUGCAAAAUCUUGGAAUAUGGAGUUUCCCACAAUGAUGAUCGGCUUAACUCUAUAAUUGUGAAAGGCGAUCAGAUAUAUGUACAAAAUGAUUCGGGUGGUGUUAAAACAAGGUCACAAGCACAGAACAACUUCAACGAAUGGACAUCUGUACCAUUGCUUGUAAAGAUUUUUAAGAUUUUGUUGAAUGAAGUGAGCAAUGUAAUGGAGAGCAAAGCUGCAAGGACAGAAAUUGAUGAUGAGACAGAUGAAGAAUGGGAAGAUGACAGUGGAUUCGAGCAAGGAGGCAGUGAAGACAAACUGUCUCAAUCAUUUGAGGAUUCUUCUCCGGAUGGACCAGAAGAUUCAGAUUGUGAUGAUCCUGAUAUACUGAAUGACCCACUAUAUCGUGUGGAUUUAACAAGACAUCUCACAGGCAUCUUAAUUUCCCUUGGACAUCAACCUUACUUCCAUGUAUUUUCACAGCACCUGAAUGAAAAUGAGCUAAAAAUUCUGAAGAGUGUCAGUACAUCGCCUUAAUAUACCACAGUCGCAGUAGAAAUGUGCAUUAUUUUGCAUAUAUUGAGUGCCUCUGAGUUGCUAGUAUAUUACUAGUCACUUGCAUUAUCUGACAUAAUUGGAAAACAUUUUUGAAAUGAAUUUAAUCUUUUGUAAAACAUUUGUAUAAGUAGUGUUUUGUAUAAGUUUUUAUGACAAUUGUAUUUGUCUGUUGUUAAGGUGAAAAUGUGGAUUUUUGUAUGAUUGCAUGCUGGUUGUUAAGGCACUGGUGAGUUCUUUAAAUUGUAAAUUAUGUCUAAGGCAAGCAAUGCUGCAUAUUGAAUGUUGGAUUAAAUGGAGACUGCUUUGAAGUAAGAAAUAAUUGCUAGUGUAGGACUGGUGCCUUGAAUAGGGUGUUGUCCUGACAUCAAAAGUGAUAAUAUUGAGGCCUUUUCAUCUGUUAUGUGAAAACUACAGUAUUAAAUCAACUUGAAAGA